AUGAUCACAAAGAGGGAUGGCAAGAAACAGCCAUUGAAGCGAUUCAAACUCCAUGCAAGGAUUGCGCGGUUGGUGGACGGGCUGAAUGCAGACUUUGUGGACAUCGAUCAGAUAGUUGACAAGGUGGUGGCGGGGACCUGUCAAGGGAUCAAGUCGCAGGAGAUAGAUGAGCUAGCGGCGGAGACCGCUGCAUAUCUUGCAACAGAUCAUCCAGACUACAGUCAACUAGCAGCAAGAAUAUCUGUAUCAGCACUACAUAAGGUGACGCAGCAAACUUUUUCUCAAAAAAUCAAAGCACUGUACAAUCAUGUUCAUUCGAAAUCAGGCGCAAAGGGACCUAAGAUAGCAAGUGAUGUGUAUGAAAUAGUUAUAGAGAAUGCAGAAACCCUGGAUGCCGCAAUCGACUACUCAAGAGAUUUCACUUUCGAUUAUUUCGGAUACAAGACGCUUGAAAGAUCUUACUUGCUGAGGAUCGAGGGACAUGUGGUCGAGAGGCCGCAGGACAUGUUCAUGAGAGUGUCUGUUGGUAUUCACAAGCAGGACAUCGAUGCUGCAAUCCAGACGUACAACCUAAUGUCCCUAAAGUUCUUCACUCAUGCGACUCCGACGUUGUUCAAUGCAGGGACGCCGAGAAAUCAGCUUUCCUCUUGCUUCUUGCUCCAGCUCAAAGAUGAUUCCAUUGAAGGCAUCUACGAAACGGUUGGCAAGUGUGCGACGAUCUCGGCACAAGCAGGAGGCAUCGGCAUCUCUGUCCAUAAUGUCAGAGCCCGUGGGUCGUACGUUGAGAACUCGAGCGGCAUUGCAAACGGUCUCAUUCCUAUGCUCAAAGUUUUCAACUCUACCGCACGGCUGUGCUCGCAGGGAGCAGGCAAGCGACCUGGAGCUUUUGCAGUGUAUCUGGAGCCAUGGCACGCGGAGAUUUUUGAGUUCUUGGAGCUGAAGAAGAACUUUGGGUCGGAGGAUCUCCGAGCGAGGGACUUGUUCUAUGCGCUUUGGAUGCCAGACCUUUUCAUGAAGAGGUGCGAGGCGGACGGAGCUUGGUCCCUCUUCUGCCCUGUCGAAGCUCCGGGGUUGUGCGAGACUUAUGGCGAGAAGUUUGAGGAGCUGUACGAGCGAUACGAGAGAGAAGGGAGAGCGCGGAAGACCAUCAAGGCCCGUGAGCUCUGGUUUGCGAUACUAGAGGCGCAGGUGGAGAACGGCAUUCCGUACCUGCUGUACAAGGAUGCAGCCAACGAGAAGAGCAACCAGAAGAACCUCGGCAUCAUCAAGUGUAGCAAUCUCUGCACUGAGAUUAUGGAAUACACGUCCAAGGAUGAGGUGGCGGUCUGUAACUUAGCGUCGAUCUGCCUACCGAGGUUUGUGGUGGAGGGACAGUUCGAUCACAAGCUUCUCUUUGAAGUCACCAUAGUGAUCACGCGCAACCUUAACAAGAUCAUUGACAUCAACUUGUACCCAGUGAAAGAGGCCCAGACGUCCAACUUUAGGCAUCGACCCAUCGGCAUCGGCGUGCAGGGCUUGGCCGACGUCUUCCUCCUCCUCCGCCUUCCGUUUGAGAGCGAGGAGGCCCGGCAGCUCAACCGCGACAUCUUCGAGACCAUCUACUUCGCUGCCAUGACGGCUUCCAACCAGCUCGCCAAGGACCAUGGAGCAUACUCGAGCUUCCGCGGUUCUCCCGCAAGUAUGGGGCUCCUGCAGUUCGACCUGUGGGGAGCAGAACCGUCGCCUCGGUGGGACUGGACGAGCUUGAAGGAGAGCAUCAAGGAGCAUGGGUUGCGGAACAGCCUGACGGUCGCGCCCAUGCCAACGGCAUCGACAGCUCAGAUCAUGGGGAACAACGAAUGCUUCGAGCCUUACACGUCCAACAUCUACAACAGACGAGUGAUGGCUGGAGACUUUCUCGUUCUCAACCCUCACCUGCUCAAGGAUCUUAUCGCCCUUGGCCUCUGGUCACAGAAGAUGAAGCACCGCAUCAUGGCCUACGACGGCUCCAUACAAGACAUCCUGGAGAUCCCCAAGGACAUCCGCGAGCUCUACAAGACGGCCUGGGAGAUCAAGCAGCGCUGCCUCAUCGACAUGGCGGCUGAUCGCGGGGCCUUCAUCGACCAGAGCCAGUCGCUGAACCUCUUCCUCGAGGCCCCCGACACCGCCAAGCUCACCUCAAUGCACUUUUAUGCAUGGAGGAAGGGACUCAAGACUGGCGUCUACUACCUGCGCACGCGAGCAGCAGCAGACGCCAUCAAGUUCACGUUGGAUCACAGUACGGUGGUGGAGGCAAGGCUGAGCCGCUCCUCGCUCAGCCCGGACAGCAACAGCUCGGAGGAGGUGGACGAGAGCAUGCCAAGGCAGCGGCUUGACGACCCGACAGAUGUGGGGGCAGCCAAGGCACCACGGGUCGACGCGAGGGACAGUGCCUCGAGUAUCGAGAAUUUUCGGAGGAUGAAGCAGCGGGCAAGAGCAGCCGCAGGAGAGGGCGAUUGCCUCAUGUGCAGCAGCUGA